AUGUAUUCACGUCGUUUAUCGGCCAACACGAAUGUUGGCACAAUUGCAUCAUUAUUAUCUAGUGACACACUCUCAAAUUUCAUUAAUGAUGAUACGACAACUUCGUUAACAUGUAAGAAUAAUUGUAGUUGUGGACAACAUCUUAACCAAUAUGCAUACUCAGAUUCGGAUUGUCUUGGUUCAUACGGUGCUUAUGAUAAUUGUUAUUACCAACGAUAUAUAUCAUCGUUAAAUGAGCAACAACAAUCGCAUACGACUAAAUGCAUUAAUAUGAUAACUGAUAAAAAUAUAAAUAAUUCAACAACACAUGUACCAACUGUGAUUCAAGAUGCUACCAAACAUGUUAACAGCGAACAACAGCAACAGUUAUAUGGAAUUCUUUUCACAAGUAUAACAAAAUAUUUGAUACGUCAUCGCCAACAAUUACUAAAACGACGAAUAUCAUAG